AUGCUCUCCCUUACAACCGCUCUUGCCAUUAGAAACAACACAAUCCGAUCCUACACAGCUGCUGCAGUGCUCUCCCCUACAAGCCCCAUGAUGGCAGUCCCGACCCGUGCAGCCGUAGCAGUUCGAACCAGUACAUUGGCCGUUAUGACAGUCAGGCCCCGUGCAUCCGAUGCAGUUGUCGCCGGUGCAGUCGCCAUCAUGACAGUCCGAGCCCGAGCAGCUGCUGCAGUCGUCUCCCUUGCAAGAACCAUUGUUGCAGUCCUUGCCGACACAGCUAUCAUAGCUCGAACAUUUGCUGCCGGAGCAAACCCCGUUGGCACAUCCGCUGCCACUGCAUGUCCCUUCCCAACAAUCCGGACCGGUGCAGAUACCAUCCUUUCCACAAUCAGAUCCAGAACAGCCGAGGCCAAAACAGCGGUCGUCAGUACAUUUUCCAUCCUCUCCGCAGUCAUCUCCCACGCAGCCGGCCGUGAUGCAGUCGUCCGCCACACAGACACCGUCUCUGCAUCCAGAUCCAAGACAUCCAUGGACAGUACAUUGCCCAAAGGCGGUACAGACGCCAUUCAAGCAGCCAGAUCCACUGCAGCCAAAGGAAGCGCAAAGAAGCCCCGUGCAUUGGCCGUUCUUACAAUCCGGACCUUUACAUUGACCAUUGGUGACUACCGGCCAUGGCUCUUCCGUAGUGCCACCGCUGCUGCUGCUGCUGCCACCACCACUAUCACCACCGCCUCCUGA